AUGGCGGGGGAGUACGGCCGGGAGCCGUGCCCAGAUCGAAUCCUCGAUGACGUAGGCGGAGCGUUCAGCAUGGGCGCGGUGGGCGGCGCCGCGUGGCAUUUCAUCCGCGGGGCGAAGAACUCUCCGCGCGGGGAGCGCCUUAUCGGCGGAACGCAGGCCGUGCGGAUCAACGCGCCGCGCAUUGGCGGAAGCUUCGCGGUGUGGGGCGGGCUGUUCUCAACGUUCGACUGCUCAUUAGUGUAUCUCCGCCAGAAGGAAGACCCCUGGAAUUCCAUCGCCGCGGGUUUCCUCACCGGCGGCUUCCUCCAGUUGCGCGCGGGGCCGCGAUCCGCGCUGCAGUCCGCCGUGUUCGGCGGAGUGCUGCUGGGGCUGAUCGAGGGCGCGGGGAUCAUGCUCAACCGCAUGACUUCCGCGCUUCCGCCUCCCCCGCGCGACGAGCCUCCCCCCGCGCAUAUCGAGCAGCCCAUGAGCAUGCCCGUGGUUGUCCAACCCGCCGCCCUUCCCGCUGCCGCCGCCCCUACCUUGUCUACCCAACCUGAGCUAGUCAGCCCCGGCGCUGGUGGCGCUGUGACGUUGCCGAACGUAGAACUCAGCUCUGGAUCUGGCUCGGCAGCAGUACAGACUGGCGGGGACAAGGGCGCUCAAGGUGGAAGCAGCAGCAGCAGCAGCAGCAGUGGCGGGGUGAGUGGAGGUGAGAAGCACGAUGUGUUUGCUGCUAAUCCGCCGCCUAAAGCGCCAGAGUUUGCUGCUGGAGGGGAUGAUUCUUGGUUGAGACAGAAGUAA